UUGUAUAUAUGAUUUGGCAAUUGAUUGAAGCGCGUAGUAGUAUCGCACCACAUCUUCUUCUUCUUUCUUGUGAAAAAAAAGAAGCAAGCAAGCAUCAAAACGCGGGACAGUUAACCAGUCUUCUGUAGUCCAAUGAACUCGACGGCAAUGGCCAGCACAGCAUCUCUAUCUCUCCGUCCUUCUUCUCUCAUCUCCGACCGUUCCCAUUCUCCCUGUCUUCCUCCUUCCUCCUCCUCUAGUUUCUUCUCCGGUGGGACCCGCUUGUGGGCCCAUAGGAAGUUUAUAUCCAUUUCCUUUUCUUCAUCUCAGAAGAUUCCGGGACGACGUUUUGGGAGAUUGGUGGUUGCUGCUGCUGCCGAUUAUUACUCUACACUUGGGGUCCCAAAAUCUGCUAACAGUAAAGACAUCAAGGCUGCUUAUCGAAGGUUAGCUCGACAGUAUCACCCUGAUGUCAACAAGGAACCUAAUGCACCAGAAAAGUUUAAGGAGAUUAAAGAUGCUUAUGAGAUACUAUCAGAUGACAAAAAAAGAGCACUAUAUGAUCAAUAUGGUGAAGCCGGGGUGAAAAGUUCUGUAGGGGCCCAAGCCGGUGCUUACACGACAAAUCCUUUUGAUCUAUUUGAGACAUUCUUUGGACCUUCUAUGGGUGGUUUUGGAAUGGAUGGAGCUGGAUUUGGAACGCGUCGCCGCAGUACUGUUACCAAGGGUGAAGAUCUACGUUACGACAUGACAUUAGAAUUUUCAGCGGCUAUCUUUGGAGCUGAAAAAGAUUUCGAGCUUUCACAUCUUGAAACUUGUGAGGUCUGUGUGGGAACUGGGGCAAAGGUAGGCUCCAAAAUGAGGAUAUGUUCAACCUGUGGUGGCCGAGGUCAAGUUAUGAGGACCGAACAAACACCGUUUGGCAUGUUUUCUCAGGUUUCUGUCUGCCCAAACUGUGGUGGGGAUGGUGAAAUGAUCUCUGAAUAUUGUCGUAAAUGCUCAGGCGAGGGGCGGAUACGAGUGAAGAAAGAUAUAAAAGUCAAGAUACCCCCUGGAGUUAACAAGGGAAGUAUCCUCAGAGUUGCUGGUGAGGGUGAUGCAGGUCCUAGGGGUGCCCCACCGGGAGAUCUUUAUGUCUAUCUUGACAUUGAAGAGAUACCUGAGAUCCAAAGAGAUGGCAUAAAUCUGAUUUCAACAGUUUCAGUCGGUUAUCUAGAUGCUAUACUUGGGGCUGUUGUUAAGGUUAAAACAGUGGAUGGGAUGACUGAUCUCCAGAUUCCUCCAGGCACUCAACCUGGGGAUGUGCUUGUCUUGGCAAGGAAAGGAGCACCAAAGCUAAAUAAGCCAUCAAUACGCGGUGAUCACUUGUUCACGAUUAAAGUUAGCAUACCAAAACGCAUCAGUGUGACGGAGUGUGAAUUGCUUGAAGAACUUGCUUCUCUUACUAAGGGAUCAAGCACUCGUACAAAAACUCGCCCGGCGGUUCAGCAAACUGCUAAAGUUACAGAAACUCCAGUAGGUUCUGAUUCAAGUGCAGCACAAACUGAUGAGUCAUCAUCAGAAGAUCGAGAUGAUCCAUUGAAGAAGUUAGCAAAUUUUGCUGGGUCUGUCGUAAAUGGUGCACUAAAAUGGUUAAGAGACAACCUGUAGUACUUGGUGCUGGGAUACUGCCUCAGCAAUCUUCUUUUAUACGACAAUGGCAUUGAAUUUUAUGUGCUUCAAAACAGCCAUUAUAGCAUCUUGCGGCCUUUCAUUUCUUAGAAUAAUUUUCUUUGGUGAUUCUGCCUGUAAAAUUGAAUCCAGCCACCUUAUUCUUUUAGGAAACCUAAUCCUUCGCCUUUGUAAAUUCUGACAAAUAUAUUCUCCACCUCAAAGAAGUUGGUGAGAUGGAUUCUAACAGCUAUUUUUGUAUAAGAAAUUUUGUAUGUCAGCAAGCAUUUAACAGAAACUCAGAAAUAUCCCAA